GCCGCAGUGAAGAGCGUCGCCGAGAUCGAGUAACGAUGAUCUGUGCUGCGUCACAGAGAAGCUGCUGGUCCUACAAUUCUGAUCGUAAAGGCGUUGCCUGCAAACACGCUCUUCCAUCAUAUUCCGUUCUCGUGUCUUUGUUUCCUUGGCAAGGAGUAGCGAUUACUGCCAGAAAAGAUUUAGAAGCAAUUUGUGGGGAGAGAAUGGCAAGUGAUCUCUAAUGCCCACAAAUCGUUGUGUACAAGUGGUGGAGUAGAGGAGAAUUUCCAGCACACUGCACGGAUUCGUUGCAGAUGGACAAAUGUCGCUGGUUGUGGCGCCAGCUUGAUAGUGCCGGAGACUAUUACGUACUACUCUAGUGCGGCAAAAACACCAGCUCGUGAUCGUGAGCUCCUUGCCAUGGAUGCUUCGAAUCCCUUCGACUUGCGCUGCUUGCUGGACAAUGUGCAGGGCAUGGUGGAUGCCUUGACCUGCUUGCGUUGGAAGAAGCAGCAGGACUCAAUUGUCGAGCUGUCGGAUCAUGGUUUGGUAAUUACGGUGGAGGAGCGGGGUUGUCUGCAGGCGCGGGUGUACUUCCGGAAAGAGCUAUUCCGAGAAUAUGCAUAUCAAGCAGAAGUAAGACCAAAAUUUGGGAUCAGUUUGGGCCUCUUGAUCGAUUCCCUCAAUACUUUCACUUCUUCCACUCGCGCUGCUGCCCUCGAGCUAAGCUAUCCGGGGCCUGACAUGCAAAUGAUAUUCAAAUUGGUGGAUGCAAACGACUCCUGUAUAUACGCAGAAAUGCGCACACGUAUUCCUGACCAAAUUCCUCAUGAUUAUGUCAUUGAGGAUGACGGGGGUACUCCAAUUUCCUUUGCAGUGAAGUCCGCAGCAUUAAAGGAAGCUCUUGAUGACCUGGAGUGGCCAGGUUCGAGUAUUGAAAUUACAGUCUCUCCAGUACCUCCGAGGGUGACCUUCAGGGGUGAUGGGCAUGGAGACCUACAGAUUGAGUUUCCUUACGACAGACAACGAGAUCUUUUCAUAGCCUUCAAUUGCCAGCGUGAAAUCUCUUACAGGUACAAGUACAAGUUCCUGAAAGCAACUACCUCUCAAAUCCCAGUGAGCAUUUUGAAAGAUAAUCGCGGCAGCAAGCUAACAUUCGGUACUAAUGGCCUUCUUAAAGUUCAGCAUCUCAUUUCUGUGAAACCUUCACCUACUCCGCACCAACACUAUUAUGACCCGUCACAAGCCCAGGCUCGAGUUUCCUAUAUAGAGUUCUAUGUGCUGCCUGAUGUAGACAGUGACGACCCAUGAAAGAAUCGACUUAUGCGGACGUGUAGUUAGCAGGCUUGUAUAUGUACAAUAUUGAGUUCAACACCGAAUGACAAUCAUUGUACAGUAAUGAACUGUCAAGGUUUCCAAACCUCAGUCAGGUACAAGGUUCUUAUGUGAUAGUUUUCGUUUGCUUGUAAUUGUUGAUCAACAAAUGUGCCACGAAAGUUGCCACAUGUCCUCUUUGCGAAAUAUUAGAGUCAUGGAGUGCCAUAUUGCUGUCAUGCACGCCUGCUAACUUCACACGGCGAA